CUGAUACCUUACUGACAUCAACAUCCACAGUCUAAGCCACAUUGUGCUUCUUCUUAGUCAUCAUCUGCUCAGCUAACAAAGCAACUAAAAUGCCAUACAGUGACAAGAAAGAACAUGAGGACCACCUAAGUGAUUCGGACACAUCUCGCCUUUCUGAGAGCAUGGCUUGUUCAUCUAGUGACAGCGAGUCUCCGCGGGAUAGUUUUACCAGUGACUCUUCAAGCAAACAUGCUUCCCCUGUGUCAAGUCCUCCAAAGACAGCUACGCUUGAUGAAAUUAUGUCAACCACAAGAAAUCUGUCAAACCUGUUACUGGCCCAUGAAAUUGUUGCAAAUAAGAACUUCCACAUGGAGAACAUUGAUCCACCUAAAAACAGUUUAGAAGGAAGGGUAAAGGAGAUCGUUCACAAAGCAUUCUGGGAUUGUUUGGAGUCAGAACUAAAAGAAGACCCUCCCCAGUAUGAACAUGCAAUCAAGCUUUUUGAUGAGAUAAAAGAAAUCUUGCUUUCCUUUCUAUCUCCGGGUACAAACAGACUACGGACCCAGAUCUGUGAAGUUUUAGAUGUGGACCUCAUAAGGCAGCAAGCGGAACAUAAUGCUGUUGAUAUCCCCAAACUUGGAAAUUAUAUUAUUAACAUCAUGGGGAAAUUAUGUGCUCCAGUCAGAGAUGAAGAUGUAAAAAAGUUAAAAGCCACUGGUGACAUUGUACAACUGUUGCGGGAUGUCUUCCAUGUUUUGGACCUUAUGAAAAUGGAUAUGGUUAAUUACACUAUUCAGAAUGUUAGACCACAACUUCAGCGACAGUUAGCCGAUUAUGAAAGAGUAAAAUUCCAAGACAUCCUUGAGAAAUCUCCAGAUUCGCUCAAUCAAACCACUAAAUGGAUUCAGCAAUCUCUUAAAUGUGCAGCAGAAGCAAAGUCCCAAAAAAAUGAAACCAAUGUCAAUGGAGUAUCUAUGGACAACCUGAGUCCAACCCUGGUUCUUAAUAGUGGUUUCACUAAACUGCUGGAUUUAGACUACGACAAUGCUGUUCCAGAGACACUGAUUACUGAUGACUUGCGUAUUCUUGAUUUAAAGUACAAACUGCAUCAAGUUAAACUUGUAGCUUGCGUGUGCCUCAUUACUCAGAAUGUCAUGGGUCCUUCUAAUACUACUGCAUUCACAGAACAAGUCAAAGACAUUUCAGCUGUUUUGCUCCAAGGCAUCAGCAGCAG